AUGGCUCGAACAAAGCGGUAUGCCCGGAAACUGACCGGAAGCUUGAAACGGAGAAGAGAUGAGGAGGAUCUCGACGAACGAUCGCUGAAGAAAGCUAGCCUGUCGCAACGGCUCCUAGAAGAGCAGUCAGAUGAUGAAGUCCCCGUGGGGCGACCGGCAUUCUUCGCCGACCAAUUUGCGAAGGCAAUUCAAAAUCGAGGCCCUUCCGGCAGAUCUCCUGAGGACAAGGACGAUGCGAAGCACGAAUCAACCAAGAAGACCGGCCAAACGCAGCGAGCACGAACGGAAUACGAUGAAGCCAUCGCCUUGAUGAACCCGUCCCUUCUCGCAGACCACUUUGCAAAGUCCAUACAGAAGCAGUUUCCGGACAGCAGUUCUCUCGAACGGGAAGACCUACACUUACCAACCAAGGCUUUCAGAGACACUAGCGGCUUUGACGAGGCGCAUAUUGCGCCAAACCUGUCCAGUUUUCUUGAGGCAGCCACGGAGAAUGGCAAGGAUGCAUUGACGCAUUGUGAGAAAGGAGCUGGACCACAUACACUCAUAAUCACGUCAUCUGGGAUACGUACGGCAGAUCUGGCUAGGGAAUUAAGAGUCUUCAACAGCACAGGGUGUCAGGUGGCUAAGCUAAUCGCUAAACACAUGAAACUGAAGGCGAAUGUGGAACACAUGAAGAACAAUCGAGUUGGCAUCGCAAUCAGUACACCAAUGCGACUGAGAGACCUGGUGGAUGCGGGCGCUCUAAAGCUCGAACAUGUCAAACGGAUUGUGGUGGAUGGCUCUUACAAAGAUGAGAAGAAGAGAAGGAUUUUUGAGAUGAACGAGCUGUUUCGCCCACUAGUCGAGCUGCUGAGCAGAGCCGAACUCAAGCAGAGAUACGGGACCACUAAUCCGGUGGAGAUUAUGGUCUUCUGA